UAAACAUUCACUUCACGCAAACAUUCGACAUUGCACUCCUCAAACACUCCAAAUCGCAAGGCCGUGCAGGUUGUGAGACGAUUUCGAAGUAAAAUGUGAUGUCGAGCACACGAGCGUGUUGUGAGCGAGAAUGUCAACCACGAAGUCCUCCAAAGAAGACCUCGUCUCGCAUGUCAUCUUUCCAGCCCCGAGCCUCAAGGACGUUCCAAAGCAUGGCACCCUUAGCAAAGAAGACCGCCUCAAAAUCAUAAUCUCCAACCUCGAGAAACACCAACAGGCCGUCCGCAUCGGCACCCUCAACGAGGCAAAGACAAAACAUCAAGCUUCUCACGCCGCUGCCCAUGACAAUCAACAUUUCAGCAGCGACGAUGAAGACCGCAUGGACAUCUCCCCUGGAUCGCCUGCUCCAGAACAAACGGAAACCGACAAAAGCGCCACAUCCCAACUCCUCGAUACUUUAAGAACGCCCUAUCGCGAGUCUUCAGGCGAUCCGGUCUCUACAAGUCCCUUCAAACCGCCUCCAAAUGUCCAGCAAAAGACCCAGCCACCAGAAAUCCAAGCGGCCAAAGAAGCACUCAACACAAUCGCAACGUACGACUCGCACGCUCUGCCGUCGAAGAGAUUCUACAUCGAUGCUUUGGCGAGGCUGCAAGGCGGAGGGGCAAGUGGAAACGAGUCACGGAAAGCGUCAGCACCAAGCACGAAUGAUACGCGGAAAGCUUCAGUGGGGAGUGGAGUGGUUGAUCCGCGGAGGGCGAGUACGGCCGCACCAGCUGAGGGAAGGCCGCUCCCAAACAGGACAGCGUCCGGGUCAGUAAUGAAUCGCAGCGCGGACCCCAGGCUGGCGGGGAGGAGUGCGAGUUACUCUCACAAGCAGCCGGGUCAGAGUCCUGCGUAUGUGCAGAGUCCCAAGGAGAGGCCCACAGAUCCGAGGUUGGCGAGACGAUGAACAAGCAGAGGAUCGCAAGAGAUGAUCGAAGACAAGGUCUGGGCCUGAGAAAGAACAGCACAAAGUAAUGACUUCUUUUG